UGUCUGCUGGACUGGAGGAUCCACACUGGAGACUGGACACUCUCAGCCUGCAGCCUGCUGGAGUCCGAUGGUUGACACCAGGUCUGAGGAAGUAUGCCUGUGAACUGGAACUGGAUCCAAACACAAUGAACAGAAACCUCAAACUGUCUGACAACAACAGGAAGGUGACACAUGUGAAGGAGGACCAGUCAUAUCCUGAUCAUCCAGACAGAUUUGAUCACCGGCCUCAGCUGCUGUGUAGUAAUGUUCUGACUGGUCGCUGUUACUGGGAAGUCGAGUGGAGAGGAACAGUUUAUAUUUCAGUGACCUACAGAGGAAUCAGAAGGAAUACAGACAGUUAUUAUUGUGGAUUCGGAAGGAAUGAUCAGUCCUGGAGUGUGAGGUGCUCUGAUGGUGGUUACUCUGUCUGGCACAACAACAGUGGAACGUCCAUCCCCUACUCGUCCUCCUCCGCCUCUGGUAGAGUAGCAGUGUAUGUGGACUGUCGUGCUGGCACUCUGUCCUUCUACAGAGUCUCCUCUGACACACUGAUCCACCUCCACACCUUCAACACCACAUUCACUGAACCUCUGUAUGCUGGGUUUGGGUUUCGGUCACAAGACAAGUUUGGUUCCUCAGUGUCUCUGUGUCCUCUGUAGGAGAAAGACGUGCUUUACAACAAAGACAUUACAUGCACCAACAGCAUAAUAAGAAAAUAGACAUAAAAUGAACAUAGAAAUGCUAAAAAUGGGGCGUUUCUCAGUAUGAGCACAGCAGACUUCCAGAGAACAAAAGGGACUGGAGCACACCAAUUAAUUUACAACCUUUAACUGAGCAAACAGACUAACAUUUCAACUCUACUGAGUCUUCAUCCAAGUCAAAAUGUACAAAGACAUGAGGAACACAACAAGGGCUUUGAUUGAAGUCAUUCUGCAAGUAGAACAGCAGCUCAGCUUC